UGUUCCUGAUAUGCGGAUGCCUGUGUCGAAUCUUGUUCCGCGGAGUCGUAUUCAGAAUCGCUGGAAACAUCAGAUAGUGAUAGUGUUUCUAAUUAUUCGCAGUUACUUGGUGCAAACUUGAAGGUAGAAUACAUCAUUGGGAUUCGGUCUAGUGCAAUUGGCAUCUGCGCCGCUACAGUUAGACGUAGAAAUUUUGCUGAUUUUCACAUUGACGUAAAAAUUGUGAUAACUUGGGGAUUAACAAACCUCCAUUUUGUUUAACAAUUUGCGAGAAAGGAGACGGGCUCGUCAGUCUUGCGCGAACCACCAGAGAAUACAGUUGACAUAUAAGCGCAGUAUUUGACAUUCAACAUGGGAAAAGGUGGAAAAAAGAAGAAGCAAUCUACAGAAGAUUCUCCAAGUGGAUCUACAUCACAAGAUCAAGCUGGUCCUUCUCAGUCCCAGCAGCCACCCCAACAGUCUCAGCCACAGUCAGGCAGAGGUAGAGGAAGAGAUUUAAGAAAUCCAGUUGAGAGAUCCCAGCCAAAUGUCACAGCACAAUCGGCUCCACAGCCCCAGCAGCCCCAGCAAUCCCAACAACAAUCUGCGCAAGAUACUGCUGGCAGGGGUAGAGGCUGGGGCCAAGGCAGAGGCCAAGGCAGAGGUCAGGGUAGAGGAAGAGGUGGUUUUAGCAAUCCAGUUGUGGGAUCACAGCCAAAUGUUCCUCCCCAACAAACGCCUUGGGGUCGACAGCCGCAGCAGCCUGCACAACAGCAACAGCAUUCUGCUCAGCAGCAGAAACCACCUCAACAACAGGAGCAACAGCAGCGACCUUCUGAACAACAUUCAGUAGGAUCCAAGGAAACUAAAGCUGCAGAUGUUAAGCAAACAACUGAAGAAUUGUCCCAAUUAUCCUUGAAGGAACCAAAACACAGUUUACCUAAAUCCGAACAAGUGGUACCCAUUCUUACUGUUCCUGCUAACAUAGCAAAUAUUCAGGCACAGCAGAUUCCAAAGCGUAAGAAUCCAAUGAAAGCUGGUACCAAGGGACGUCCUAUUACUGUUAAAACAAAUAUGAUGGCGAUCAAUGUCAGACAGAUGAAUUCCAAUGUUGUGCAUUAUGAUGUGGAUAUUGUGCCAAAUACUCCAAAAUACUUGAUGAGGCCGGUAUUCCUAGAAGCUAAAAAAAAAUUGUUCCCAAAUAGAAAUCCAGCAUUUGACGGAAAAAAAAAUGCUUUUAGUGCUGGAGAUUUACCUAUUAAAGAUCCAUCCACUGCUGAAGUAGUAGUUUACAAUGAAGAUGGACGAGAAAAAAAAUAUACAGUUACGAUGAAAAUAGCUAACCGAAUUGAUCUAUCUUGGUUAAAAACUGUGAAACCAGGUUUACAAGAAACAGAGAGAAACCAAAUCAGUUUGCAAGCUCUGGACGUUAUAAUGCGUAAUGCUCCAGCUCUGACAUCUACACCAGUAGGGCGUUCAUUUUUCACACCACCAAAAGGCCAAGUGAUGUCUCUUGGUGGAGGUAUGGAUUUAUGGGUCGGAUUGUUUCAAUCAGCUGUUUUAGGCUGGAAACCCUACUUGAACAUUGACGUUGCACAUAAAGGGUUUCCCAAGCCACAGAGUGUAUUAGAUUUGAUGAAAACCAUAUGUGGCUGCGAUGGUCAAGAUCAAGGCGGGCGACAACAAUAUGGACGGCAACAAGGAUAUGGACGCCAGGGAGGAUAUGGACAACAACAAGGGCCUGCAACUUUAAGUGCAGAUUUAAUACAACGUAACAGAGAAGACAUUAAAAAAUUUUUAAAAGGCUUAAAAGUAACUAUAGAGAUUCCAGGACAGCCUACAUCCAGACGAACACAACGCGUUAACGACUUAGUUAAACCUCCAAGAGAUAAUGUUUUCGAACAUAAUGGUCAUAAAAUCACUGUCGAACAGUACUAUAAACACGAAAAAAAAUAUACUAUAAAAUACCCAGAUUUCCCUUGUCUCUGGGUUGGUGGAAAAGAUAAAAAUGUUCAUGUCCCACCAGAAAUAUGCACAAUUGUUGGUGGACAAGCAACUCAAAAAAAAUUAGAUGAGAACCAGACAUCAUCAAUGAUAAAGUUUGCAGCAACGGGAACGGAGGACCGCAAGAGAAAAAUAAUGGACGCGUUUAACUCGAUGCGUCAUAAUCAAGAUCCAUGCAUGAAAGAAUUUGGCAUCUCUGUAAGUGGAGAAUUCGAGACAGUUCCAGCACGUGUUUUGGAUCCGCCACAACUAAGAUAUCAACGCCAAAAUGCGCGUGUUGCAAAAGGUGUUUGGAGAGCGAGUCAAUUCAUAAAACCAAGUCCAUUAAUUGGGGAAGAUAAUACGUGGACCGUUUUGAAUCUAGAUUAUAGAACUAGAGAUGACGGUCUUUACAAACUUGUUGACACAUUAAAAAGAACAGGUCAAACUCUUGGAAUGCCAGUUGGGAAUCCCUUAAGUCCAUUCAGAAGCAUGCAGUUAAGAGGACAAGAUAUGCGAGAACUAAUGGCAUAUUUCAAUGAAAUGAAAACGAAACAAAUUAAACUGGUUGUUGUAGUAGUUCCAGAAAUGAAAGGCCCCUACAGCAAAGUGAAGCAAAUGAGUGAACUUCGAGUCGGUGUUUUGACCCAAUGUUUAAAAAGUAAAACUCUGUUCAAACUUAACGAUGCGACCGCCGGUAACAUUCUAUUAAAAGUUAACGCUAAGUUGAAUGGAACCAAUCAUAUAUUUGAAGAGACUGUGAGCCGGCCGCCUUGUCUGAAACGUCCAUGCAUGAUUGUCGGGGCAGACGUAACUCAUCCUUCACCGGAUGCCACAGAUAUUCCCUCGAUUGCUGCAGUUGCUGCCAGUCAUGAUCCUAAUGCAUUUAAAUAUAAUGUAGAAAUAAGGUUGCAACCACCGAAACAGGAAAUUAUAGGAGAACUUGCAGAAAUUAUGAAAAUACAAUUGAAGUAUUUCUAUACUUCAACGGGUUACAAACCAGAAAAAAUAAUUUUCUAUAGAGACGGAGUCUCCGAGGGUCAGUUCGGACAAAUUAUGCACGCAGAAUUACUAGCUAUUCGAAAAGCGUGUCAAUCACUGCAAGCUGACUACAAGCCAAAAAUAACGUUAUUAGUUGUUCAAAAAAGACAUCAUAUUAGACUUUUUCCAACUGAUCCAAGAAAUUCUGAUGACAGAAACUUUAACGUUCAAGCUGGCACUAUAGUGGACACUGAAAUAACGCAUCCAUCACAUAUCGACUUUUACUUGGUUUCUCAUGCUAGUAUUCAAGGAACCGCAAGACCAACCAAGUACAGAUGCUUGUGGGACGAUUCGGAUAUGUCAGAGGAUGAAAUUGAAAAUCUGACAUAUUUUCUCUGCCACAUGUUCUCGCGUUGCACGAGAUCAGUGAGCUAUCCGACACCAACGUAUUAUGCGCAUCUUGCUGCCUUUAGGGCUAGGGCCCUUACCCAAGAUGUUGACAUCGACAUGAAUAAUUUGCCACAAGAACAAUUAAGAAAGUUAACUAUCAAGGACGAAGUUCUUAAGGGAAGUCCGAUGUUCUUUGUGUAAAUUUAUACUUUUAUAAAUCUUUACUUUGUAUUUUUGUCAGACUGAGAUGUAUUCGUGAUAUAUAUUAUAGCCUCACAAUUUUUUGCAUAACUUUAAUUGAACUGUUUACUUAAGUAAAUAUUUAUACUAUAUACAAUGAAAAAUGGAAAAAGAAUUUAAAAAAUAAUAAUAAUAAUUAACAAAAGCUCUAAGAGAAUAAGAGUUAGUUUAUGUUUAAUAGAUUAUAUUUUGAAAUUUAAAUCACAUUUGCACCAAGUGACAGUACCUAAUUAAAUAUAAUAAAAUAUUUUUUCUAUGCAAAAUCUUGUUAAUCAUGAUACUAUGUUUAUCAAAAUUAUCGGCAGUAUUGCGUGAGUUUUAAUUUUUUUCAUUAAAAUAAUAAAAUGUAGAAAAACCUCAA